CCGUGUCCAUUUCCCUUCUCUCACAGUCAACAGGACCCCGAACCCUAAAACCUCCAAACCCCAGCAAUGGCGGAUUGCCCCUCGUUCCGCCGCCACCCGCUCGCCUCCUCCAUCGACCUCGUCCGCUGGCUCCCAUCCUCCUCCACCUCCCCUUCCGGUCGCCUCCUCGCCGCUGCCGCCCACGACCCCACCUCCGCCCCCGCCGCCUCCAGCAUCCACCUUCUCCCCCUCUCCGACCCCGGCUCCCCGCUCGCCUCCCUCCCGCUCCCGUCCCGCGCCACGGCACUCCGCUGCUCCACUGCUGCGCUCGCCGCUGCCACCUCCUCGGGUUCGCUCCACUUCCUCCCCUCCUCGUUUGACUCGGACGCCGCAGUGUCCGUCCCCGGCGGCGCGGGCUUCCAUGUGGGCCCUGUCCGGGGCCUCGACUGCGGCGGGGAGGAGUGGGUCACAGCGGGGGAGGACGGAAGAGUGCAUGUGGUCGGCGGCGCAGCGGACGGGAGAGUGGUGGCGAGGAGGGUGUGGGACGGGAAAGGAAUGUCAGGGUAUGAAGCCGCCAGGUGGGCGUCGCCGGUGGAGUUCGCCACGGGGGGCGCCGGAUGUGGCGUGCAAUGGUGGGAUCGGAGGAAAGGGGACGCCGUCGUGGCGCAGUGUAACGGCAUCUGGGGUCAUGGCAUAGUUACUGGCAUGGUGCAUUCCAUUGACAUUCAUCCGUCAAGAAAGCAUAUCUGUGUGGUGGGAGGCUCAUCAGGGACCAUAUUUGCCUGGGAUCUGCGGUGGCCACAGCAGCCGAUACCACUCUCUGGUGUAGGCCUUAAUAGAACAGCUGAGCCUGUGUGUGAAAGUGAGGUGUGGGAGGUUCUUUUUGACACUUGCACUCAGUCUUCUGAUAUCAUCUCAUCUGCAUCUGCAAGAAUAUUGCCAGUGAUGAUGUGUUCAGAGGAUGGGAUCCUUGCAGUUGUCGAACAAGAUGAGAGACCCCUUGAAUUGCUUGCUGAAGCUUGUGCUAUCAACUCCUUUGACAUAGAUCCUCAGAACCCCUCUGAUGUUGUUUGUGCAUUGGAAUGGGAAUCGAUCGGUGUCCUAACUCGUGGUAGAGAUGCAAUGGCAGAAUAAUGAAAUUUUUCACCACCCAGGGAUUCCAAUCAGAAUUUUCUGCAAGGUGGCUGAAACUACUGUCAGAAAGAAUCUUCUGACUUCUGAGGGCUUCAUAUUCAGGGACCAUUCUCAUGGUAUUGGGCAACGGUAGAAGGAAUAAAGCGUGCUUGACGAGUGCUCUUUCCUGUCUCUGCAUACUAACCAGGUUUUACUUAUUAUGAGCUUCUGUUGUCAUGGGUAACUGCAGAUUGUAGAAACAUUUUCUGGUGUAGCUCCAAGUUGUGUAAUUGGUUCACUAUUGGAUGCUAACUGCUGACAGUUUGAAGGAGAGUCAUCACAAACAAUUCAUUCCUUUUAGUUGGGGGCUGAUGGACUCAAGGGGCUGUUUGGUUCUUGUGGCGUAUAUUUACACUGCAUGUGCAUGUGGCUGCCACAGUCUAUAGAGCGAACCAAACAGCUGGUUCGCCUUGUGUGGCGUGCAGUAGGUUAGGCUGGCGGAGUGCGGUGUGGAACCAAACAGCCGGUUGAGCUAUAGUUUGUUUCAUAAUGUUUGCGUUUUCCCUAGCACGCCAUGUGGUGUUAAAUCAGCUCCUGAACAUUAUGGACUCCAUUACGUAUUUUAUUCAUCUGGUUGACAAUUUAGAAA